AUGUCAUUCAUCGCGCGAAGAACCUGCCGGAGGCUUGCCCGUCCCACGUUCCCAACCUUUACGCGCCGUUGUCUCUCGGCCCCGACAUCAGAUCAUGUCCGUCUCGUCGAGGUCGGCCCGCGCGAUGGUCUCCAGAACGAGAAGACGAGCAUCCCCGUCAACACCAAGAUAGAUUUCGUCAAUCGUCUGGCCACAACUGGCUUGAAGGUGAUAGAAGCUGGCAGCUUUGUCAGUCCGAAAUGGACACCUCAAAUGGCCAAUUCCUCCGAGAUACUCGAGCACAUCCUCAAAACUCCCCCCAAAUCGACCGAGCCUAUAAUCUACCAGUUUCUCAUGCCCAAUGAGAAAGGCCUCGACAACUUCCUCAAUGUCUACAACGCCCACGUCGCUGCCGCCACCGACAAAGGCCCCGCACUAAACACCUCGUCACAAGACCCCAACGCCAUGCCCUCCGCGGCCUCUGGCGCCGCCGCCAUGUCCCCGACCCCGGAGAUCGAAGUCUCCAUCUUCACCGCCGCGACCGAGACGUUCACGCGCAAAAACACCAACUGCAGCAUCGCCGAAUCCCUGCAGCGCUUCGAGCCGCUCAUGGCGCGCGCCCGCGACAACAAGCUGCGCGUGCGCGCCUACAUCUCGGUCGCGCUGGGCUGCCCGUACGAAGGGCCGAACGUGAACCCGCACGCGGUGGCGGACCUGGCCGUGUCGCUGCUCGAGCUGGGCGCCGACAUCAUCUCCGUCGCCGACACGACGGGCAUGGGCACCGCGCCCCGCACCCGCGAGCUGCUGCGCACCCUGCAGGCCGCCGGCGUCGAGCGCCAGGACCUCGCCCUGCACUUCCACGACACGUACGGCCAGGCCCUCGUCAAUACGGUUGUCGGCCUCGAGCACGGCGUGCGCGAGUUCGAUGCUGCCGUUGCGGGGCUCGGUGGCUGCCCGUACAGCCCUGGCGCCACCGGCAACGUCGCGACUGAGGAUCUCGUGCACCUGUUUGAGAGUUUGGGCCUGCGGACCGGCGUGGAUAUUCAGAAGUUGGCGGAGGUGGGCAAGUGGAUUUCAGGGGAGAUUGGGAGGACCAAUGAGAGCAGGGCAGGUAAGGCGACCCUGGCGAGGAUCGCUAGGGAGAAAGGGGAGGGGUGUUGA